AAAAGCGUUGCGAUUUUCAACAGGGUAAAUGGGUAAAUAAAGUAAUCUGUGUUUUUCUAUUUAUUAUGUAUAAGAGUCCUCCCAGAAAAUGAAACAGUAUUCAUCCCCUCGGCCUCAAAAGCAAGCAGUAGCUGCUGCUCUACAGAACCUCGAUUAAAUUGUCCUUUUUCAGCAGAAAACCAAGAACAGAGAGUGAAUUGAAUUGUUUAUUGGAGGGGGAAGUGCUCAAGAGAUCAUGACUUUGUCCAAAGCACCUUUUUUGAUUUUCAUCCUGCCCUUGUUUUUUUUAUGCGAGUCUGUUUUUUCGGACCUGCUUUCGUCUCCGAAAGAGCUAUCUGAAAUCCCCAUAAAUUUCCUCAAUUUUGCGAAGAAAGCUGAAGUCUUUGAUUGGAUGGUUGGGAUUAGAAGAAAAAUACACGAGAAUCCUGAGCUGGGCUACGAGGAAUUUGAGACCAGUAACCUUAUUAGGGAUGAAUUGGACAAGAUGGGGAUUUCUUACAAGUACCCAGUUGCAGUUACUGGUGUUCUUGGUUUUAUAGGAUCUGGAAAAUCUCCUUUUGUUGCAAUAAGGGCAGAUAUGGAUGCCCUUCCUCUAGAGGAAAUGGUGGAGUGGGAACACAAGAGUAAAAAUCCCGGAAAAAUGCACGCUUGUGGGCAUGAUACUCAUGUUGCAAUGCUUCUUGGUGCGGCCAAGAUAUUACAAGAGCAUCGUGAUCUUAUCAAGGGGACAGUUGUUCUAGUUUUCCAACCUGGAGAGGAAGGAUAUGGAGGUGCCAAGAAGAUGAUAGAAUCUGGCGUGCUUGAGAAUGUGGAUGCCAUUUUUGGCCUCCACGCGAAUUCUUUAUUGCCUGUGGGCCAAGUCUCAACUCGGGCCGGGCCCAUUAUGGCAGGGAGUGGCUUUUUCAAGGCCUUAAUAAGGGGAAAAGGAGGCCAUGCGGCCAUUCCUCAGCACUCGAUCGACCCAAUAUUGGCGGCUUCAAAUGUGGUUGUCAGUUUGCAAAAUCUAGUUUCUCGGGAAGCUGAUCCUCUUGAUUCUCAGGUAGUUACUGUUGGUAAAUUCCAAGGAGGUGGCGCGUUUAAUGUUAUUCCAGAUUCUGUUACCAUUGGUGGCACUUUCCGGGCCUUUUCAAGUGAAAGCUUACAUCAGCUUAAGCAGCGAAUUGAAGAGGUAAUCGUAGGGCAAGCUGCCGUGCAAAGGUGCAAUGCAACUGUGACUUUCGAAUCCAAAGACCAGAUAUUUUACCCGCCAACCGUGAACAAUCUCGAGCUACAUAAGCUCUUUCAGAAAGUGGCGAGUGACAUGGUGGGUCCCGAUAAGAUAAAAGACAUGCAGCCAUUGAUGGGGUCCGAAGAUUUUUCCUUCUACCUGGAAAAAAUUCCCGGUUAUUUCUUUUUUCUCGGGAUGAAAGAUGAAACUCUGGAUAAACCUGUGAUGGCACAUUCACCUCAUUUCGUGGUUGAUGAAGGUGGGCUGCCUUAUGGUGCUGCACUCCAUGCAUCGUUGGUUGUACAGUACCUUCUCGAUGGAGAGAAAAGGAGUACUAGCCCCGUUUAUGGUGGCCAUCACGAUGAAUUGUGAUAUUCCCCAAUUUUUUUUAUCUAUUUUUUUAUGCCGGUUAUGGUUUUUUUAGUCUCUGUGGAUGCUGGCUUUUGAUGGGGUUUAUUGUCAUGUUAAGUUGUCUGCAUUUGUGAUUUUAUAAUUUGAUUUCUACCUUUCUAUUUACUGAUAAAAGUUGUGUUUUGAUCAUUGGAGAAUUUAAAGCUGGCUCCUCAUGAUAUCAUUGUUUUUUGAGUAGAAGGGUGUAUAUAAAGAUGGGGGUUCUAGUGAAAAUAAGAAUUGAGUAAAUCAAGCAUCUAUUAAGCUAGAUAUAAU